GUUCCUUCCUAGACAGUAGAUACCUCAUAUCUCUCUCUCUCUCUUCUACUUGUAUGUCUGUCUCUCUCCUCUCCCUAUCCCUGUCUGAGCUGUCUCUCUCUUUCUCUAGUUGACCAGUUUUUUUGAGACAUUUUUAAAUGCCCAUUGGUCUUUCUCUCCGUGUUCAACAACGAAUUCUCCUCAUCUGCUUCCCCUUCUUUCUCAUCACAUUUGUACUUAAUAAUCUAGGAAUCCAUUGAUUCUUCACAAGUCUGAUCAAAUCCUGGUCACUACUCUCUCAGCCUAAUGGACAACAAGAAGAAAAUUGUAGUACAAUUGGAGGUACACGAUGACAAAGGAAAGCAAAAGGCCAUGAAUGCCGUUUCUAGCAUUCCAGGAAUCGAAUCGAUUUCCGUGGACAUGAAGGACAAGAAAUUGACAGUGAUCGGAGACGUUGAUCCGGUCGAUAUAGUCAACAAACUGAAGAAAUGCAGGCACGCGGUUAUACUAACGGUUGGGCCGGCAAAAGAUCCGAAAGAGGAAGAGAAAAAGAAGAAAGAGGCAGAAGAGAAGAAGAAGAAGGAGGAAGAAGAGAAACGGCUCGCAGAGCUUGCGGCCGCCUAUAAGUGUUACAAUCCUUAUUACCCGCCUGGGCCGCCUCCAUACUACUGUGUAAAAAGUUGUGAGGAGAACCCAAAUUCUUGUGUUAUAAUGUAAGUAAUUAGAGAAUAUCUUCGUUAUGGAGGUUUCCGUAAAAAUGGGUUUACGGAGGUGAAUCUCAACCGUCCAAAGUGUUUUGGACUGUAGCGAUUGGUUGUUGCUGUAAAGAAUUUGUUCACAGCUCCGCCGUGAAUAAGUUUCACUCUCAAGUAAUUAGUGUAUAAAGGGAUGAACAACCCAUAAUUACAUUAUUAAUUAGGAGUUUUAUUUGAAUUGGGGAUGGAAUUUGAGUCAAUUUCCAAAAACCCAUGAGAGAUGAGAAUGAAUAACAGAGGAUAAGAUAUUCUUCCUUA